UACAACAUGAACAUAGGUCGCUUAUCUCUAGCGUUUGCAGCCAUUCUAGCAAUCACGUGACUGCAUCCCUGCACGGUUCCGUUUCCUCUCACUCUUGCGGCUACAUGUGAGCCUCGUGACGUCACGCACCGGCAAAAUGGACGAUUUGACAGAUGCCCUUGCCGGAAGCUUUUCUGUUUCGUCGUACCUUAACAAUCCAGAUGCUCCUCAUCCUCGGUUAGCUCAGUACAAGGGCAAAUACAGUUCUUUGGAGCAGAGUGAACGAAGGCGAAAAUUACUGGAGCUACAGAAAGCGAAACGCUUGGAUUACUUAAACCAUGCUCGACGUCUAGCAGAGGGGGAUUGGUCAUCGAAGGAUGAAAAGCAAGGUGAUCAGGAAGGACCUAAGGAAGAUGCAGAGGAUGAGGGCGAUGAUGAGAUGGAUGUCGACCCUGGAAAGAAGUUACCUAGACAUUAUGCUAACCAAAUCAUGCUUUCUGAGUGGCUAAUAGAGAUUCCUCCAGACUUGGCUGAACUUUGGCUUCUUGUAGUAUGUCCAGUGGGGAAGCGUUCUUUGAUUGUUGCAUCUCGGGGCUCGACAGCAGCAUACACUAAGAGUGGCUACUGUGUGAACAGAUUUCCAUCUCUGCUUCCAGGUGGCAACCGACACAACAGCUCCACUGGCAAAGAUUACACCAUCUUGGACUGCAUAUUUAACGAGGAGACACGGACAUAUUAUGUUCUGGAUGUAAUGUGCUGGAGAGGUCACCCAGUGUAUGAUUGUCAGACGGAUUUUCGUUUCUACUGGCUGCAGUCAAAGCUUCAAGAACAUGAAGACCUGUGUGAGAUUUCCAAGCGUAACCCAUUCAAGUUUGUUGGCCUGGAUAACUUUCCUUGCUCUCUGGAGUCUGUGCACAAUGUUUUGAUGCAAGAGUUUCCUUAUAAGGUCGAUGGACUUCUCUUUUACCAUAAACACACUCACUACACUCCUGGUAGCACUCCACUGGUUGGAUGGCUACGUCCAUAUAUGGCCCCUGAAAUCCUGGGCUUUCCCACCCCUCCAGGGCCUUUGGCAGAAAAGCCAUCAUAUGCCCAAGAACAGAUGCGUCAAAUUCUCGAAAAUAAGAAGGGGGGUAAGGGUGGAGCGGAGGAUGGGAGGUAUGAACUGGAACACCUCUCCACACUGCCGCCACCUGAGUGAGAAACUGGAUUGGAGGAUUAAAACAAAUUUGUAUCUGCAGCCAGACAAAUUGUGUGGAUGGAAAUUCCUCGUGUUUUCAGUUGCUCUGCAGUAGGGCAUUCUGUUGUGUGCAAUGGGAUAAUAAAAGUUGUUUCAAUCAAGGUCAAGAUGGAAUACAGGAGAAUUCGUUUCCGUUCCCAGAUAAAACAUCACGUUCAACAUGGAGUCAUUGAUAAGGACUUAUUGGUGUUCUGCUGUUUUAGACUUUUUCUUUUCCACCUUUGUUUUUUUUUUUUUUGUAUUGUGGCUCAGAAGCUCUGAACAUGGAAUACAAUGUGGCCACAGAAACCUCAGCUUGUUUAUUUGUAAUACAAAUCUAAUUCUUUCAUUUUGUAUUAAAAAGAAAAAAUAAGGCAUGUUUUUUUCACUUAUUCACUAAAAC